UUUCUGAGACACGAAAAUUCCAUAUUAUACCACCUAAAAGUUUGAAAUUAAAAAAGUCCUGAAACUUGAAAGCUAUAGAAGUUGUUAUUUUACUUUUACUUUUAGCGUUUUGGGCAAUUUCUUACUGAUACUUUUGAUAGGCUAAGAGACGUAAUAUAUUGUAGGCCUACAUUUAAAUUCGCGAAGUUACAGAUGUAUAUUAGCAGUGUUAGUAGAAACAUAGUCUUGGCUAUCCGAUAAUUAUAAUAAAUAUUUAUUUCUAUGCUUUUGAUAUUAGUUUAAUAAUACUUUACUAAAAUAAACAAAUUAUGGCUUGUGCAACUUUGAAAAGAUCAAAUGAAUGGGAUCCAUUAAGUCCAAACAGUGAAAGACAAACUAAACGCCGGAGAUGUGUGCCAGUUACUCUUUCUUCUACCAUUCCAUCUACUAGUAUUAGUAGUACUACAAGGACUGGGGAAACCAGCCCAUCACCGUUAAAAGAACUUUCAUCAGACAUGACUUCAGGUCAGGUUGCAGCAAAUAUUUGUGAAGAAAAGAGACAUUUACAAGAUCGUAAACAGCUUUAUAUUUCCAUGAUAGAAGUUAGCUCAUCAGAUUCCACACGAGUUCCUAUGGGCAUAAGUUCAUCUUUUGGUCAAGGUCUUCAUUCUGUUACUCGUAAGAAUCAACCUCUUUUCACCUUCCGUCAAGUUGGGUUCAUUUGUGAGCGCAUGAUGAAAGAGCGAGAAAGAAAGAUCAAGGAGGAGUAUGAUCAGGUCUUGAAUACAAAAUUAGCAGAACAAUAUGAUACUUUUGUGAAAUUUACAUAUGACCAAAUGCAAAGGAGAUUGGAAGCUGAAACACCUAGUUACCUUUCGUAAGCUCCAUAAAGUUAAGGUCAUGGUGUUGUGAUCCCAGCAAGAGUGGCUAUGAAGUUCUUUUGAAUGAAGUAUGAACUGAACUAAGAUGUCAAGACUGAGUAAUAUGUACAGCACAUUCUGAAGAAAGAUUUGAUUGAUGUGUGGGACAUUGUGAUAUUCUUACCAACAUCAGACUCGUCAAAGUCAGAUGAUUAAAAUGCAGUAUUUAUCCUCUAAUUGUCCUUUUUACAUUAAUACUGUAUUUACAUUGUGUGAAUAGUAAAAAUCAGCUUUAGGCCAGGCUGCCUUAAAGCUUUAAGAAACUAAUAAUGAACUCCAUUUUGUUCUGGCUGGCAUAACUAUGGUAGCUGUAGGUAUAAUAGGUAUAAAUGUGUAUGUUUAUAUAAAUGGAGAUCCAACUAAAUAUGUCAGGUUUGUUACACAUGUACGAGUGCACUUCUCUAAAAAAAUAUUUCUUCAGUUUUAAUCAAUUAAUGAACUUCAUGCUACACAGAAAAUGACCUAAUUGUAUUAAAGCCCAGAGCUUAUAUAAUAUAUUAGUGACAAAUACAUUCAAAAGUAGGUAUUUAGAUGACAAACCAAAUAACAGGUUUGUGGAUUUCAUUAUGUAAAACAAAAAAGCAAAUGUUUCAGUGAAAUAUUACAGUAAGUUUUCAUUGCAUAAAAUUUAAAGUAUCAGUCAGAGUUAGGAACUUGUCAGAUUUUACUGCAAGUACUUGUAAAGCAAAAGAUGUAAUAGCUGAUAUAUGAAUGCACAGCAGUUAAUUCAUGUGACUGAAACAAGCUCUUAGAUGGAACAAGAAGAACUGGUGUAAUCUCAAUACAGAAAAAUUGUUGCUUAGUGUAACAUCUAUGUAGCAAACACCAUGGGAACCAAGUAUCAUGUAGAGCACAUGAACCCUAUCCUUCACUUUUCACUUUAAAUUAUAAUCUUCUAGUUAGGAAGCUAGAAAAAUUGAUGAAUACUUGUGCUUCUUUGUUUUACUGUAUGUAAUAUUUUCACUUUCAACUGUGUGUUUAUGUAGUGCUUUUUACAACUUUGUAUUAAGAAUAUGAUCGUAAUAAAGCUUUUCUUAAAAUGAA